CACAGAGAGAGAGACGGUGGAACCCGAGGUGUGUGUGUGUGGUUUAGUGUGUUAAUGUGUUAGUGUGUGUCCGGAAGCGACUUUAUCCAGGUCUUAAUGCGAGUUUGGAAACUUUUGUAUUUGUUUCUACAGAGUUUAAUGCUCUUUUGAGACUUUUAGAGGCGUGUUUUGGGGCAGAGGAAGCGGCUGUGUGUGUGUGAAGAUGGCAGAAGGUGAUUUCUACCCCCUGGGCAGCAGGCAGCGGAUGGCGCGUGACCCGUUCUCCACGCGCUUCAUGGACCCGGACUUCCCGGUGCCGCUGUCCGCCUUCCCGGAGGAUCUGUCUCUGGACUGGCCCGGCUGGGCGCGCCCCCGCCUCAGCGCGCGCCUCGGCUCGCCGUGGUCGGGCUCGCUGCGCUCCUCGUUCCCGCGAAGCUCCAUGAGCGCGCAUUCCCCGCGAGGCGCGUCACCGCUGGACCCGGACGAGCCGUGGAAAGUGUGCGUGAACGUGCACAGCUACAGACCGGAAGAGCUCACUGUCAAAACUAAGGACGGUUUCGUGGAAGUUUCAGGGAAACAUGAAGAGAAACAGGACGAGGGAGGAAUCGUGACGAAGAAUUUCACAAAGAAAAUUCAGAUCCCCGUGGAUGUGGACCCACUCACGGUGUUCGCGUCUCUUUCUCCUGAGGGAGUGCUGAUCAUUGAGGCGAGACAGACUCCUCCAUAUUACCUGUACAGUAAUGAGGCUCCAGCCGAGCCCAUGGAGGAACAAUCCAAACUGCAGGAACCUACCAUGGCUUAAAAAUCCACUUUCUCUGAGCUGGUGGGGGUGGGGAUGUGAUUUUGUAUGAAAUUCUUACUACGAUUUCCAACUUGAAAUGUUGUUUAAUGUAAAUGUAUGGCUAAAAGUUUCUGAAAGCCAAAUAUUUGUGACUAAGACAAGCUAAACAUCACAAAUGUUAUGCUAAUUUUGGGUGUAAAAGACAUUGAAGGAAGUUGUUUGGAUUAAAUAAUGGCAUAGUGAA